GCGGGACUUGGUAGUACCGCCUCCGGGCCUCAGCCUCUGUCAUUCCCGAGCGGAUUGUUUGUUGUCAAAAUGGAGUUCUUACUUGGCAAUCCGUACAGCACUCCCGUGGGCCAGUGUAUAGAGAGGGCCACAGAUGGAGGCCUGCAGAACGAGGACUGGACCCUCAACAUGGAGAUCUGCGAUAUCAUAAACGAGACGGACGAGGGGCCAAAAGACGCCAUGCGGGCACUGAAGAAGAGACUCGGUGGCAACAAGAACUACAGAGAAGUGAUGCUGGCGCUAACGGUUUUGGAGACAUGUGUGAAGAACUGCGGCCACAGGUUUCAUGUGCAAGUGGCCAACAGAGAUUUCAUAGACGGUGUGUUGGUCAAAAUCAUUUCCCCUAAAACCAACCCUCCGACCAUUGUACAAGACAAAGUGCUGUCGCUCAUACAGGCUUGGGCUGAUGCCUUCAGGAGUAGCCCUGAUCUAACUGGUGUGGUCCACAUUUAUGAGGAACUGAAGAGGAAAGGCAUUGAGUUCCCAAUGGCAGACCUGGAUGCACUUUCUCCCAUCCACACGCCGCAGAGGGGUACACCAGAGGUAGACCCGGCCAUGAUCAAGUACCUAGCCCCUGCCUCACCUGCUGCUGGGACUCCUAAACCUUCCCCGACCCCUGCCCCUCCCCAGGUGCCCCAGGUGCCCCAGGUGCCCAGUCCGAUCACAGCAACCCCCGAACAGAUCGCCCGGCUGCGCAGUGAGCUGGAUGUAGUGAGAGGAAACACCAAAGUCAUGUCAGAGAUGCUAACAGAGAUGGUCCCUGGCCAGGAAGAUGCUUCUGACCUAGAACUGCUUCAGGAGCUGAACAGAACAUGCAGGGCUAUGCAGCAGAGAGUAGUUGAGCUGAUUUCCCGUGUCUCUAACGAGGAAGUGACUGAGGAGCUGCUGCACGUCAAUGACGACCUCAACAACAUUUUCCUGCGAUAUGAGAGGUACGAGAGGUACAGGUCGGGUAGAGCCGCACAGAACAACGGGAUGUUAAAUGAGGCCACAGAGGACAACCUGAUAGACCUGGGCCCAGGCUCCCCUGCCGUGGUCACUCCCAGGAUCACCUCCAGCCCUCCGUCCCACUCCACCGCCUUGGCCGCUGCCUCCCCAGCCCAUAACCCCCCUACAGCCUCUCUGUCCACUGCACUCGCUGGUCUUGAUGUAGCUUCAGACAGCGUGAGCGGUACCCUGUCCUCUCUAUCAGGUCGCAACCCGGAUGACUUUGACAUGUUUGCCCAGACCAGGAGCAGCUCUCUGGCUGAACAGCGCAAAAAUGUAAAGUAUGAGGACCCCCAGGCUCUGGGCGGCCUGGCCUCAGCUUUGGAUGUGAGGCAACAGAACACAGGAGGGCUGAGGGUAAAAGGGGAUGAUAACCCAGCAGAUCAGGAGCUGCCCAUAGACAGCUGGCUUAUUACCCAAGGAAUGAUCCCCGUAUCGCAGUCCUCUGUCAUGGAUGACAUAGAGGAGUGGCUCUGUGCUGACGUGAAAGGAGAUGCCGCAGAGGAAGGGGUGACCAGUGAAGAAUUUGACAAGUUCCUGGAGGAGCGAGCCAAGGCAGCAGACUCUUUGCCAUCUCCCCCCGGAGCUAACCCUGCUCACCCCGUCCGUGCCCCCGGUGGCUCACACAAGAAGGCUGAACGGACGGAAGACGCCCUCUUUGCCUUGUAGACUGUUCUCAGAGGACCUCAAUCUCUUCUCUGGGGCAUCUAAAGGUCCUCGCCCUAAAUGAUUCCCCCCCAAACAGUCCUUCCAGUCUCAUUUCAUCGCUGACAGGCACUGGUGUAGCAAGUGAUCUCCACCUCCUCGUCAUUCUCUUGCCACAGUGUUGCUCUAACCUGCAGAGGUCCAUCAUGUUUACUGCGCACAACUGUGUUGCAUUUUGCUAUAUAUGGAUGUAUUAAUCUGUUAGUGUGGGAUGUAUUACUCGCAGCCCUGCAUCUCAUUUGUAACGUGCCACCAAAGGAAGACGACUUGACUCGUCUGAUGUGGUUUAAAAAUGUGGUAUAUUACUGCGAGAUUAAUGGAAAACGUUCACUGCAGGUCAAUGCAUUGAGUCAGUAUGGAAGCAUACAAUUAGGAUUGUAUUGUGUUGUUGAACUACAUUCUACUAAUUGCUAAUUUAUGCAUUUAUUGUUUUGUUCUGUACUAUGUACUAGCGCUGUGGUUAUGGUCAGAUACAUGCAAUUAUUAUUUUUAUUUUUUUUACACAAAUACUCCAGUCAGAGCUGUAGUCAUGCUUCUUAUACUGAGACAUGUGUGGAAUGGCAACAUGUUUUCCUGCAGCAGUGUGGAGAAAAGACUUGUGUUAGCAGGCUAAUUUUGCUAACUAGGAAUAUAAUAGCUAAAUCUUAGCUAAUCUUGAUGAGUGUAUGCCAGCGAUCCUUUUAACCAAAGGAAAUCAAAAACUAAAACUCUAAAAGCACUAGUUAGGAUUCUCUAUUAUGUAUUUUAAAUGGCUAAGGGGAAGGAACGUGCCCAUGGAAUAUUUCCCACAAGUCUUUUCACUCCUUUGAAAAGCUUCAACAAAUUAGCUGAUAAAAGUAUUCCCUUAAACACCCGGCCAUUCCAAAGAAUAUUAAGGCUUUAAUGACCAACUAGCACUGAAUUUUACCUGUCGAACAAUAAUCAGGUCUAAUAUAUAUUAAGGGAUGAUGAACAUUUUCCUUCCCCUGCUCUAUUAAUGUCUGUGCACUUUGAAGCAUAAACAAAUCUGUAUUUUGUCCUUUGUGUUUACAAGAUGGUAACUAUUUUUCUAGGGGAUGGGAAAUGGUCUUUCGAUUGACAUCAUUUUGCACAUACGUUUUUCUAACUGUGUAAUUGCAGCGCUUGUUCACAUCGAAGUGGAUUGAUGGACUGUUAAACGUAGGGUUGCAAAAACUUUUAAAGAUUAUUCAAAAUGACCUUAAGAUACAAGACAAAUUAUGGCAUUAAAUUAGCAGCUUGACUUAGCGCUAGCACAGUAAUCGACUAAAAGACAGCGUAUAGCUUACAGUGAAUGCACUGUUGUAAAGGAUAUAUUCAUAUAGGUAGAACUUCACUUACUCUAUACUAUGUAAUCUAUAUACCUCAAAAUACAAGAAUUUUAGUUUCUGCAUCUGGUUAAAAAUGUAUCGGCUCAUAGUAAUAUCCAGAUUGCAGAGAGGUUUAUGUAUUAUUUGAUCCCCUGAUUGUAUUUUUAUAGUUCAUGUAAAAAAAGAAGAAAACAUGUUUGUACCCGUCAUCAUUGAUCUUUUUUGUGGUUGAGGCUGAGGCAUGCAGCAAACAAACACAGUUGCACAUUCUUUGAUUUGUGCAGUCAAAGAUGUACUUUCAUACUGGCAUGAUUCAUCCACUCCAACGUCGGAGCGGCUGCCAAGCAUUUCUGUGAUUGACUGAUUUCAGCAAAGUAGCUUCGACUGGAGAUUGUCUUUGUUGUAGUUAAGAUCACACUUUGAGGGAAAAAGCAGUCCUGUCUUUCAUUCCAGCUCUUUUGCUGAGGCUCUGGUUUAUUUUAAUGUUGCUCUGCACUUGAAAGAUUUCUUUGUUGUUUUUCUCUUAGUCCAUUUAAGACCAAAAGCCUCGUCAGUCGAGGCAUUCCAUUUCCUCCCAAGUUGUAAAAGCUUAAUCAAUUAUCAAAAUAACUUGUUGAAUUAUCUGUUGUCAGUAUAGGCCUUCAACUAGAGGGAAAUCUUCAUGAGUUGUUAACAUAAAUGCAGUGGUGACAUUGAGAAAUGAUCUGUGUCUACAUAAUCAUGAUUAAAUAUUUAAAUGUAUUUUAGUUGAGGAAAAUUAAUUAUUAAUGAGCUUUAACUUUUUUUUUUAAUGCUGUAUGGUUAUAUAGGUUUUAGUAUGGUUGCCAGGUAACUGAGAUAAUAGCGUUAAAUUUACAAUCAACCAUUGUGUUCACUUUGAAAAACUUUUACCAUGCAGGCUGAUCAAAGAGGAUUACUAAAAUGUAACAGGAGAUCCUUUAAAAGGGAACUUGAGUAUUUUUUCUGUUUGUGUGUUACAUAUCUCUGGAUGUGUAAGUGUAUUGUUUUACUUUGCUUUUAUGAGGCUUAAGUCCUCAUCGAUUGCAACAUGUAUUCCUCGAAAUUCUGGCUCUCAAAAUGGUUAUUGAAUGUCUUUUAAUACAGAUGAGGCAGAACGUUUAGCUGGAUGUUUUGUGGACAUGGAAGAGAGGGUUGUUUUCUGAUGUGUCUGUUUGGUUGUGCCGUCUGCUGCCAUUACUAAUGGUCAGAUUUCUGUUUGACCUAAUGCACGUAUGUAACUGCCCAAUAAAACACUAGCAGUGUGUGACCUCUA